UAGGAUUGGAAGCCCUCAGCUGCUCUAGAUUUGGGAGUUGACGCGCUUGGCUGGAAGACGCCAACACUUGCCAGACCACGGUUGCCGUGGAGACGGGGGCGGAGUCCUGCGCCUGCGCACAUUUUGGAAGGGCGCGCCUAAUGACGCAUCGCGCAAGCGCCCGAGAGCAGCCAGUUAGAGUCAGGAUGGAGUCGGAAUUGCUCCUUCGGAAGGUGACAACGCUGCAGGCCUGUGUCCGGGGCUUCUUGGUCCGACGCCGAUUUCAGAGGCUGCGAGCUGAGUAUGAGUCAAUUGUACAGGAGAUCGAGGGAGCACUGGGCACACUUCAGUGGAGUGCUGGCUGGAUUCCCAGGCCCCAGUUUCUCCCAAAGACAAAGACCCAUUGCUCCUGGAAAGCAAGAAAGAAAGUACCAAGUCCACAGCAGGAACUACAGAACCACUGGGAGGAAAUGGCACCGAAGAAAUCAGGAACGACCUCAGCAAAGCCAGGAAGUCUUUGCAGAGAUGACAGCUCUUGGCUUCAGGUUGAGCACAGCAGUAAAACCAGGAAUCCCAGCCAAGAGGAGACCAGAGAUGCAUCAAGGACAGAUAACCCAGAACCUGUAAGUCCAGGGCUGUCCCACAGCCAUCAGGAGUUCAAGGAGCUCCAGUAUCGCCGAAGCCACUUGGCCAUGGAACUGCUAUGGUUACAGCAGGCCAUCAACAGCCGUAAGGAGUAUCUAAUUCUCAAACAAACACUGACAUCCCCAGAAGCAAACCAGACCAGAGAGGCGCUCAGCCUGUGCCCAGACCAUGGAGGACAGGCUUAUGAGAAGGUGUGGCCACAACCAAACCCACUGCUGGAAGACAGGACCAGUGGAGAGCGAGACUUUCCAGAUGACUCCUGUCAGAAGAGCAAAUCACAACACUACAAGUCCCCAGAAAGUCUGGCCACUACCUACAAAACCAGGCCUGGAGCUAAAAGCAGGGAACCAUGUCAUAGGAAGGGGCCACAGCUGUCUCUAUCAUCAGAUAGUCAGGCUGGAGGGGACAGGGUGACCAGAGGGCAGACCUUCUUACAGCUGAUAAAACUUCUGAAGGACCAGAUCUGUAGGGCCAUCAAACCUAUAACCCCAUUUCAGCCUCACUGUCAGAGGCCACAAGAGUUGCACCUAUCAGAAGACCACAUCAUGAAUGGGAUGUUGGUUGGCCCAGAGUCUGGUCAGCUGGAUCUCAGGAUGACUGAAUCACCCAGUGAUAGAAGUUCCAGAGACACAAUGUCCAAUAAGCCUCAUAAAGAGUGGGAAAACCAUAAGACUACACUUUGGAGAUCAAAGCUGCCUGAAAUUCUGUCUUCCAUGGGAUAGAUGAGACAAGAGAGGACCACUGGAGGGGCAGGAUGUUGAAAACGGGACUCCCCAGGCUAGACCCUAAGGAUCAGGCAAGGGACAGGUUCAGGGGGGGGGGGACGCUGUGAAGGGCAGUGGCGGAGGCAAGCCUGCAUCCUGGUACCAGCUUUCCCUUCUGCCCCCACCCCCGGCCAGUAGUGGUUGGUAGAGCCAAGAGAGGCUGGACGACAGCAGGCAUGAGUAGCAGGAAAAGGAUAAAGGAUACUUUUCCAUCUUCUGCCUGAGACUCAGUCCAAAUUUCAGGUUAAACAGUUACCUGGGGGAAGUAAAGUGAGAAACCUGGAGAAUAAAGGUUUUUCAUGGAUUCCGAA